UGUAGAGUCGCGUCGUCUUGGUGUCUCUUAUAAGCUCCAAAGGUUCUGCGCUGGUCCUCUUGCCCAUUCCUCACCGUCAGCUGUAUCAUCUUGCACAGUCUCUGUCCUCGCAUCUCGUUUCUCUACAGCUCGUGCGAAAAUUUCACAAGAGUCUGCGGACGUGCCCGUUCUACUCGCGCGCCUCUGUCUUCACACGCGAAUUUCACACGCUCUCGCAAUGGCUCAACCUCAGUAUCCUCACGGUCGCGGCGGCGCUGGAAACAUGGGCAAGGAACGCAAAGCAAGUGCCGGUGCUGAGGAUCUCGUCACGCCAACCCUCAAGACUGAACUCUACACGACCGGCCGCGGUGGAACGGGCAACAUGGCCAAGAACGACUUCGGCCCAGAAGCGCGCACUGCUCAGGACGUUGAGCCGCCGGCUGCACUCCAGCGUGAUCACGAGGGCGAGACCGUUCACUACGGUCGAGGAGGAGCAGCCAAUGUCACAAAGGUGACUGGCAAGCCUGAGAGCGCAGAACAGGAUGCGGAAAAGGCUACCGAGAAGCCGAAGGGCUUUCUCGAGAGGAUUGGCCUCAAGAAAAACUAGCCUGCAUCAUCCUAAUUUAUCUGGGACUGCAAUGAGAUACCAUUUUUAUGAGACGGGGGCUUUUUAUGGGUAGCACGGCGUUUGACUGGCGGAAUUUCGACCUGACGGUGGCUUCUAGUCGUCGGCAACAGCGCGCUUCUGGGCGCAACUUUUUUUUUGUUGUGUUGGACUCGGACUCUAUCCGUGGCUUGGUCUAGAGGAGGAACUUGAUCGUGGCUACAAUUGAAAGACGAAUUGAUCAUAUCUGCGACCCAAUCCUUGACCUCUUGCUACUUGGUUGGCAUCAGCCUCAAGAUCGCAUUGUGCUUCAACUCCCUCUCGUUGAGGAUGACAUCAUCCGAUCAGCAUCAAGAUCGGAUCUGUUUGCAGCGACACCAUGUUUCGCAUCCAAUCGCUGAAGCUCUAACUUGUAUCAGAGACUCGUUGCGAUUGGGGCAGUAAAUUUUUUUUUUUGAGUGGCUACUAGACAAGCAAAACU